CGCCGUUUUUUCCCCCGGAGCUGCCGACAUGCCGAUCGAUACGAGCGAUGCGCACAGUGGAGCAGCACCCGCGCAGCGGACCUGCCGUGUCCGGCAUACGUGGCCUUCUGGAGCGACACGUGUCAGCACCCGCCUCUUCUCCCUCUGCCGAUUCGCUCUGCUUUUUUAUUCGUCGGCGGUUCCUUGCUGGUCUUCUUGAGUUGGCGGACGGAAAAGAAAGAAACACGCCACAGAGUCCGGAGGGGAGACGUCGUGAAGUAUUGAGUUUCUUACGUCGGGUGCGGCGGCGGCUCGAGGGCAAGUUGGGUUGGAGCCGUGGAUCGGAGCUUCUCGCCGGCGGAAGUGGAUUUCCUUCUUUUUCCUAGGGAAGCGACGGCCAGUUCUUGCGGAAAUCUCCUACAGAUUUGGCGUCCUGAUCUUAUUUCAGCGGACCUAUUUUAUCAGAGCUUGAGGCUUUUCCCGCCCCCUCUAAUUACAGAUCGUACUUUGAGAAUUUAUUAAGUAUUUGCAAGGUUAAAUGAUUGACCAUUUCCCUCCAAUCAAGGAUGGUGUCAUUGUUAAAAGGAUGUAGUUUCUUGUCAUGAUUUCUUGAGCUCAAGAUUCUAAUUCAAUUGGGUCAUCAACGUCAAUGAUGGACUGGUUGAAGGAUCAAUUUAACAUGUAUGUGUUCAGUUUGUACAGUGAAUCUCCUAAACCAUCAGAAUUCUGGAUCCCCAUUGCUGCAUAUCUCGCUGUUGGAAUACUCAGUCUUUUGAUGUUUUUGUACCUUUUCUCGCUGUGGAGGCGAAAGAUCAGUGUAAGCUGGAUGAAAGUGAUUGCCAGAUCAAAAAGGAGAAACUUUGAAAGAAAUCAAAAGGUCCCUACUGCUGAGCAUAUAUGGUCUGCAGAAUCUCUACUUCGUGCAAAAGGACUGAGGUGCUGUGUAUGCCUAGAAUCUAUUUCACCUGCUCAGCCCCUUGGGACAGUGAUAACAUCAGAGAACAUGGUUCACCGCUGUGAUGUUUGUGGUGCCGCUGCGCACACAAUCUGCUCUUCAAACUCUCAGAGGGACUGCAAAUGCGUCUCAUUGUUGGGUUGGAAGCAUGUAGUCCAUCAAUGGACUGUGCUGUGGACUGAUAUAGCUGACCAGCCUGAAGAAGCUCAGUAUUGUAGCUACUGUGAGGAGCCAUGCAAUGGGUCUUUUCUUGGAGGUCCAAUAUAUUGCUGCAUGUGGUGCCAACGGCUGGUGCAUGUUGAUUGCCACUCAAGCAUGUCUACCGAGACAGGUGAUGUUUGCGACCUCGGUCCAUUCCGACGCCUUAUUCUUUCCCCGCUUUUCGUCGGGACCAAGAACAAGCCUAGUGGGAUUUUGAGUUCUAUAACUCAAGGUGCAAAUGAGCUUGCAUCCACCGUACGGGGACAUCUUAGGAGCCGAGGUAAAAGGCAGAAAUAUGACAACAGAUUGCCUUCUGACUCUACCGCCGGUGAGAGUAAUGACGAUUCAUCAAGCGAUACCGCACCAUAUUCUAAUCAGAGGGUCAAGGAAUUAAAAGCAAAUGUUGGCAGUGUUCAGAGGUAUGCUGAGAAUGAACAUGACAGUAGCGAGAGUGAUUGUAAAGAAGUUGUAUCAGAACCGAGAAGACUCCAUAAUGAUGACACAGGGGGAGACAAACUCAAGUAUGUGUUGACUGAUCCGCCUGCUGAUGCCAGACCUCUUCUAGUAUUUAUCAACAAGAGAAGUGGAGCUCAGCGUGGAGAUUCUCUCAAGCACCGGCUACAUUUCCUUUUGAACCCAGUGCAGGUGUUUGAGUUGAGUUCAUCACAAGGGCCAGAGGCAGGAUUGUCGUUGUUCCAAAAGGUACCACAUUUCAGAAUCCUUGUAUGUGGCGGCGAUGGUACUGUUGGUUGGGUUCUUGAUGCAAUAGAUAGGCAAAAUUAUGCAUCACCUCCGCCUGUUGCGAUUCUUCCAGCUGGCACUGGCAAUGAUCUUUCAAGGGUUUUAUCAUGGGGUGGUGGCCUUGGUGCCGUUGAGAAGCAAGGGGGACUCUGCACGGUUCUACACGACAUAGAGCAUGCGGCAGUCACCAUUCUAGACAGAUGGAAGGUUACAGUAGAAGAUAAGCAAGCAAAGAAUGUGCUCCUCGUCAAGUACUUGAAUAAUUAUCUAGGAAUCGGUUGUGAUGCAAAGGUUGCACUUGACAUUCAUAAUCUCCGCGAGGAAAAUCCAGACAAGUUCUACAGUCAGUUCCUAAACAAGGUGCUGUAUGCAAGGGAAGGCGCAAAGAGUAUCAUCGAUAGGACAUUUGCAGACCUACCUUGGCAAGUUAGGCUGGAGGUUGAUGGAGCUGAGAUCGAUAUACCAGAGGAUUCGGAAGGCAUCCUCAUUGCGAACAUCCCAAGCUAUAUGGGAGGGGUUGACUUGUGGCAAAAUGAGGAGGAGAAUCUCGACAACUUUGACCCACAGUCAAUCCAUGACAAGGUGCUUGAAGUAGUCAGUAUCAGCGGGACUUGGCACCUGGGCACACUUCAGGUUGGGCUUUCUCGUGCGCGAAGGAUCGCUCAGGGACAAUCGAUCAAGCUACGUUUCUCUGGUCCUUUCCCGGUUCAGGUGGACGGGGAACCUUGGGUCCAGCACUCGUGCACGCUGAAGAUAUCCCAUCACGGACAGGCUUUCAUGCUAAAGCGAGCAAUCGAGUCUUCCCUUGGUCAUGCGACCGCGAUCGUCACGGAUGUGCUUGAACACGCCGAGACCAGCCAAGUGAUCACCGCGUCACAGAAGAGAGCCCUCCUCCAAGAAAUGGCCCUAAGGCUCGCUUAAAUCCUUGCCGGUUUGCACGAGGCGAACGCCGCGGAGUAUUAAUUGCUUCAUGUGAGGUUCACUUGUCGGACCUUUCUGCUGGCGGAAGACCUGUGACUGAACCGCAACGGCAGGAGCACCUUGUCCUCGGCUCGACGGUGGUAUGAAACCCAGGAAGGCUGUUGGCUGAACGUGCAAAGGGAUGUGUACAGUGUGGUUGUUGUGUUGUGUGUGGACAUGAUGUAGGUCUUUGUGAAAUCACGGAACGCCUCUGGCUCUGGGUGCUGAAGCGUGCAAAGGAAGAUGGUGUUCUUGUCUGAUAUUUGGUCGGGACCAAACUGCAUCUAUCUGAAGAUUGCAGCAGACUUGUGUAAUUAAGUUGAGAUGAAAUCAGCUAUGCAAUGGAACGCGUGGAGUUAUGAUGAAGAAUUCGACGUUGAUCAAGCAUCGGAUGGCAAAUCCACUAUGUUUUCCUUUUCUCUCAUUUUCUUCUCGUUUGUAAGGCUAUAGGCCAGGGUUUUGGAGGCUUGUAAACCAUUAUGAUGUACUUCCUCCGUAAACUAAUAUUAAAACGUAUUGGGCUCGUA